GUACUUGUGAAGGCCUCUCUUCUGCCAUUUGAAUAAACCACUUCAAUGUUGAGUUGCUAUAGGUACGUACGUACGGAUAUAAUUAUCUUGUCCUAUGACCUCCCAUUGGGCUUUAUUUGGACAGCUGAAAAUAAACACCAGGUUGCUGCAGUUAAUGGCUGGAGGAAUUCCCUUGUUACCAAAUCCUCUGUUUGACUCUUCCGGAUCCCCAGCACUUCAAGCUCAGCCACAACCACAAUAUUCAAACAACAUAGAAAUUUGUCCACUUUUAUCAAUUCCUGAGGGAUUGUCACAGCAAACAUCUUUGCUGCAAGUGCCUCAAACUCUGACAAAUGCACACAUCUACUCAACACUGCCACAGUCACAAAGUCUGGAUUACCAACAGAUACCACCACUUCUACCUACUCCAACAACUGUACCAGGAUUAAUGCAACAAACUAUAUCACCAAUCAAUUUACAAUCUACUCUAUCUCAAGUACAACCACUGAUGCACUCACAACCAAGACCGCUGAUGUCACAGACUCAAUCACAAGUCCGGCCAUUGAUGUCACACCCCCAGUCGCAAUUACCAGCGUACACACAGGCUCACGUGCCACCCCUAUUGCCACAACCUCACUCUGGACCCCACCCACCACCAUUAAUGCCUCAAGGUCAAUUUGUGCCCUACCGUCCACCUCACAGAAGGCCAGGAUUCAAUCCGGAACCCCGCAUUCAUGAUGCCCCCCUGAUGAGCGGUCACCUACCCUAUCAUCCAUACCCUUCCCAACAGCGGUAUCGUGGAGGGCGUGGUCGGGGACGUCAUUUCCGAGGCCGGGGCUCUGGAGCAUGGAGGAGCCCUCAGUCGACGAGGGAUGGUGCUCACUCGAUUGGGGCCUACUAUAAUGAGUCCAUGUUUGUGGAUCCGUGGGCAGAGCUUCUGAUUCAAGCUGGUGUUGAAGGCAGUGGGAAAAAAGAACAGGCUGUGAGACACAUUACAGAUGGAGACACUGACUCUAAGCUGGAUCAAUCGGGGUGCUUUCCUACUCUCAAACUAGACAAAGGUGUUAAUGACUUUGUGGAAGUGGCAAGUGGUACAGCGCAAGCUACAUGUACAACUCUAGAAACACAGCUUGUCCACGAUAAAUUAACUUAGCUAGACCUAUUGCAGCUAGACCUAUUGCGAUGUAUUUGUUGCAAUCUCUUAAACAAUUUUUGCACAAUUUCUAUAAUCCUGA